ACUCUUCAUCAGGUUGGAUCGAUCACCUGAGCCUCACCGCGGAAUAUAUAUUACUUUUCACUGCUACGACACCGCAACACGUUUUAAGUGCGACUCCUGGGAAACUAAAGACGUCCGAACGAGGGUACCAUCGUCACGCGAACUUAACUAUUGUUCAAGAUGGCGCCGAACUUGUUUGGUACAUCCUCCACAUUAUAUUUAGAAGCCUCCCAGCAAGGUGUGCACCAGGAUAAAUCGACGACGGAGAAGACGAGCAGUCAGUCAGUACAAGUACAAAAGACCCCCGAAAAAGUUCAACAGAAAUACAAAUGGAAAAUCGUUUGGAGGAACGUGAUCGCUUUCAUCUACCUUCACAUAGGAUCUCUCUACGGAAUGUAUCUAUUCUUCAACGGAACGAGAUUCUACACGCUCAUUUGGCAUGUAUUCGUGACGCUCCUGGCGGGAAUGGGCAUCACAGCUGGCGCUCACAGACUAUGGGCACAUCGAUCCUAUAAAGCAAAAUGGCCAAUGCGUGUUUUCCUGAUGAUCUGUCAAUCAAUCGCUUUUCAAAAUCAUAUUUACGAGUGGGUAAGAGAUCAUCGGGUACAUCAUAAAUUUACUGACACCGACGCAGAUCCCCAUAACGCGCAGAGAGGAUUCUUCUUCUCGCACAUGGGGUGGCUUCUGGUUCGAAAACAUCCGGAUGUGUUCAGAAAGGGAGCCACGGUCGAUAUGAGCGACGUGAUAAAUGAUCCUGUCGUUCUAUGGCAAAAAAGAUUGUACAUUAUACUAAUGCCGAUCUUCUGCUUCGUUCUGCCCACGUGGAUACCCUGCUAUUUCUGGGACGAGAAACCUUUGAAUGCGUGGUACAGCACAGUGUGGAGAUACACAUUGAACUUGCACUUCACGUGGUUGGUGAACUCGGCUGCACAUAUAUGGGGCAUGAAACCUUACGACAAAAAUAUUGGACCAACGGAGAACAUCGGUGUAGCCAUAUGCGCGGUUGGCGAGGGUUGGCACAAUUAUCACCAUGUGUUCCCAUGGGAUUACAAAGCGGCCGAGUUAGGGAACUACAAGCUCAAUUUAACUACAGCGUUCAUUGAUUUCUGUGCCCGGCUAGGGCUGGCAUACGACAUGAAAGCUGUUCCAGCUGAUAUUGUGAAGAAACGUGCUAACAGGACUGGUGAUGGAUCUAGGUACGACCAAACUGGCACAUCCGACCACAGUCACGUGGACAUGAAAUGGGGCUGGGGCGACGUCGACAUGAAGCCCGAAGAGAUCCAAGAAGUGGAGAUCAUCAACAAAUGCGACUAAUUCGCCAGUCGUCUACCAACCGUUACUACAUAUAUAUAUCGCAAGAUUUUUCAAUUGAAUUUGAACGAUAGAUCGUUCACCGAGCAGCGAUCGAUCGUUCACUACGUCAAUUAAUAUUUAUUGGACGCGUCAUCGGAACUUAUUGUUAUCGUUUUUCCAUGGAGAGUCGACUGUUGUGGAAAAUUCUUCCUAACUAAAAAAAAAUCGAACCAGGAAAUCGGGCAGAGACGAGCAAUACCUUUGAAUUCUUCGAUGUGAACGAACUGUAACAGCGAGCACAACGGAAGAAGAAAAAUGAUCGAACUGUUGCAGUCGACUCUUCGAUCGUGGAAUCAAAUGAAUUCGUGGCCUUUCGAUUCGUAUUGUCUGAGACUCUGUCCGAAGAAUCGAUACCUGUACGAUACAUGGACAGAUCAAUCGUCUGGUCCUGUUGUAUCUCCAGCGAUGUAGAAUUAUUGUAACCAAAGCACGUGUACUGUAUAUCGGUCGAGUAGUUCUUUGAUACACGGGAAAGGCACUCAACGCGUUGUCGUCGAAUUUUCACGGUUGUCGAAGCUGGGAUCGAUUGUGGAAUCCAUCCAUUUUCUUCUGUGUGGAUGGCUGCAAUAUAUACAGUUAAUUAUUAAACGCACAAUUUAUCUCGGAACUGUUCAAUCGUUAGGCAGUUCUUUUCACUUUCGGUACCUGCAAAAUAGAAAGCCUUCUAUUAUUUUAUUUUUGGGGAUUUUAUGAUGCUUGCACAAGCUGUUGUUUUGGAUAGUUAUUAGAAACCAUUUUUGUGAAUUGAUCUGUAUUACGUUGUUCAUCGAAGCUGGGAUAAUCCAUCCAUUUUCUUCUGUGGGGUGGCUGUAAUACAAGGUCUACUAUAGUGAGACUGCACUAGUUUCACAACUAGUGUAGUACUAGAGUAGUAAUUAGUGUAGGUCCCUAAAAUGGGGGGUAGUUGACGUGA